AUGACGAUAACUGCGAACUUCACCGGUCUUGAAAAGCAGACCACACUGAAUAAUCCUGUAGAGCGAUACUGUGCCCCAGAAUUAGCUGAAGGUAUACAACAUCCGCUGGUAUGUCUUAUUGUGCUGAACAUUUUCCUGUCCAUCUGUGCGUUUCUUGGGAAUUCGAUCAUCCUAGUUGCGCUUCACAAGAAAUUAUCCCUUCACACGCCGUCUAAACUUCUUCUCCGUUGUCUGUCAGCAUCUGACCUCUGCGUUGGGCUCAUUGCGGAACCAGCCAUUGUUGUGUAUUGGACUUCGCUGGUUUUUGAGGGGAACACGACCUGUCGAUACUCAGCUCUCAUCAGCCACAUCACAGGCUAUAUAUUGGGCUCAGUGUCUCUGCUAACACUGACUGCAAUAAGCAUCGAUAGGCUCUUAGCAUUGAUAUUGGGGCUCAGAUACAAACAGAUUGUAACUUUAAAGCGAACAUGCAUGACAGUGAUCGCUGUGUGGCUUCUUUCCAGUGUCGGCACCACACUCUUUUUUGUGAAUUAUUUCAUAACACUAUGGUAUGGUAACAUUAUAAUAUUAUCGUGCCUGGUAACUUCUAUUUGCGCUUAUUCCAUGAUUUUUCGUUUUCUUUGUUGUCAUGCAUAUAAAGGCCAAAACAGUGUCUACCCAGGACAACCGAACCAAAACCUCCCGCUACUUAACCUUGCAAAGUACAAAAGGUCGGUCAAAAACGCACUGUGGGUGCAGUUAACUUUAGUGGUCUGUUAUCUUCCAUAUGCUGUAGAACAAGCUUUGCCGAAAAGUCCAAAUGAAAAAUCUCAGUCUCUAUAUCUUGUAAGGGCAAUGACGCUGACUUUAGUUGAUCUAAAUUCGUCACUGAAUCCAAUUCUUUACUACUGGAGGAUCGGACAAGUAAGACGAGCGGUGAAGGAAACUCUUCGAAGAUUGGCCUGUUCUAGGUAACUAACAGAGGUUCACGGCGCUAACCCCAACACACCGUUAAAGGCGACAAUUUUUCUCUUUUAAGUUACUAACUAUUAGGAGUUUGAAUUUGAAAGUUAGUGCUAGCGUCAAUGCUGGAAGAAAAUACCGAGAUGAUGCAGUUUGAAGAAAAAAUAAGUAAAGAAAAUAAAAAUGACCCGUGAGAAUUAGGGUGGGUAAUAAUAGCCUGUUAUAAGAAAAAUAUGUUAUUUCCGUGUAUUUGUGAUCAAUAAAGGAGGAAAGGCUUUUGAGUAAAUUUCCAGAGUGCAAGCGGAUGAUUUUUUUGAGGCCUGAGUUUUUUAAAUUAGUAAUUGCUUGUUUAUACAUUUUUAGAUAUCUUUAUUUGCUCAUGGAAGUAAUUUCAUCGAUGUCACGAACAUUUAAGUAACGAAUACCGAUGAAGAUCCUAGACAAGAUAUUUUUAUGUGUUUGGCUGCUCCUCUACAGUGUAUGUCAAUAUUUUUGCCGAUUCGCGAAUGGAGGUGCGAAGAUAUCGACGCAUGGAUAUUAACUGGUUUAGUGUGGUGCUCGAGAAGUGUUCUUUUGACUUUGCACUCGAUGGUGGCCCACUCUAACCAAAGCUAUAGUUUAAUAAUUUUACAGUUGAUAACCAUUUUCAAUCCAUAUGGUUCCAAGCUUUUCUUUCGCCUCAACGAAAAGUUUUUCCUCAGUUGUUUUCAGCCAAUUAUUUUGGAAGAAUAAUUCACAGCUUACAAAAAAGGUUAAUUAGUUGUAAUUUGGACUUCCUUUUUGUCCGUUUAAAUAGCUCUAAGCGUUUUCGUGAAAUUGAAAAUAAAAUGAAAACGUCCUUAGUUGAGUUCUCAAUAUCCAAAAGCCCAUUACGUUCCUGUGUAAUUUCUUAAAGUAUGGUUUUCGUGAAGCUCUUCGCUAAGGAGCCGACUGUUGGGCAUGUCUAGUCAAUGAGUCAGUCAAGGAAAGUUGCAAACAAUUCAGGGGCACCCAACAAGAAUAUAGUUCAAAACCACUUAAACAUAGCAUUGUUAAACGUGUUUUAGUAUUUAAACGGUGGAUAUGGGCAUAUUUUUAUCCCUAUAAAUUUUUCAUCUGUUCGGAUUUCCUAGCUGAAAGUCUCGUGAUCCGAAAAUUAUAGGGAUCAAAACUUACCCGUUCGAAAAUUUCAGCCAGAAAAAAGGCUCCCGAAAAUUCUAGGUGACCUUUUUAGACGGUCGAAAAUCCUAGGAGAGGCAGGCAAGCAAGAAAUUUUGCAACAAAUGUUCCGGAAAUUCUAGAUCUCAAAUCGUCUUCCGAACAGAUAUUUUCCCGAAAAUUGUCGUUGGGUGCCCCUGACAAUUAGCGUGAACAGCAGAUGGAAUAAGAAGCCUCGACAAAAUGGUGUUUAGAUUUGUGAGAUAGCUCCAUAGAUCGACCGAUGUCUAAUUGUGGCUUUGACCUUAUGGAAAGGUCUCAUCCAAAAUGCUCUUUUAUUUGUCUUUCUCUUGUGCUCUUUAAUUCGAUUUUAUUUUCCUUUUAGAAAUUAAUGAAAGCGACUUCCCUGUGUCAAUGUUAUUAUUUUUACUGUAUUUGCUUACCAUGAUGAUCAUUUUCUGUGGUCACUCAUUAAAAAUUAACAAUUAUUCGCCGAAGGCGAAGUUAAUAUUGUUGAAUAAUCCCCGAGACGAAGUCGAGAGGAUUAUUCAACAAUAUUAACUAAGCCUGAGGUGAAUAAUUGUUUUAGUAUAUUCACACGACGUGAUCUCAACAGAAUCAGAAAGGAAACCAUUAAAAAAUGAUUAGUUUAAUUGACGGGUGAAUUCAUGCGUGAACACGAAACCGCCUAAACAGUGGAUGCACAAAAGUUAGAUCUUUACAGUAUCUUCAAACAUGGCAAAUGAUAGUUUUAAUCUUUUUGUAUCGAGAGUUUUGUAAGCUUUAGCAUCAACGGUUUAAAAGAAAACGCCGAAAAUUUAAGCUAUUACCCAAUUCUGAGAAGAAAAGUAGAGCUUUAUUUGUUUCUGUCAACUCACCGUGAGUUUUUUUUGUCGCUUCCGUCAACAGCGGCUACGAUCAAGGUGAGCGUUGUUUAUCUCCAAUGUUCUUUGACUUAACUUGCUGGCACUCACAAUUUUCAAAAAUAUUUGCCUUCCUCUUUUCUCCGUAAAUUAACUUCUAUUUAUAGGCAAAAUUGGUCUUGCGAGAAAAUCCCGAAAUCACAAAACAGUGACCUCGUUUUCCUCUGUAGUGGUAACAUAGCUUCGAGCGUACAAAAAGUCAGCUACAGUAAACCAUUUUACAAUAAAUCACGCCGUUUAAACACCAUGAAGUCUUUUCUUGCCUUCAGAGGCAUCAGCACUUGGAAAUUCGUGUAUUUUCAAAAAGGCUUUAAGUACUAUGAAACUUUGACACGACAGCGAUUUUGUUCUGCUUUAUAUUCACCGCCGAGCGCGGUGAAUAUAACGUUAUAGUCCGAGAUAGCUAACCAAUCAGAUUGCUUGAAUUACCAAGAUCACUGAGUGUGUAUAAACGUAGUUUCGCUUCAUUUCUAGGCCUCUUUAUUAUACGCGCCCAAUUCGAAUCCACUAGUCACGCGGCGACGCUUUUUGAUCGGUAGGAAGGUCCUGAUUUCAGUGAUUGUUAAGUAUAGUCAAAGAGUGCUCAACUGGAUUUCGAGGAAAAGUAAAAUGCAUAUGUUUUGCUUCUUUCGGCGUUAAGUUCUCGUAGACGACCUAAAAGCUCAAUGGAAGACAGAAAGUAACACCGCCAAUUUUAACCGUUUCACCGUAGAAUAAUUCUACUAAAACGUUUAAAUAAAUUACAAGCGCUUUUUGAACCUUCAACAGUGCUGCACUGAAAGUGCUUUUUUUUCUUUCCGACCAGAUUGAAAACAGUCCAUGCCAUGGACCUGUGACUUAACAAAGUGGUUUUCCACUAGGAUCUAUUCUAGGACCUCUUUUAUUCUUAUUAUAUGUUAAUGACUUGCCUAAUACGUCAUUUAUUUGCUGAUGACACUAACCUCUAUUUUUCUAGCAAGAGCUUCAGUUUCCUUGAAUUAGGAACUUAAAUAUACAUUGUAUUGCCGAAUGGAUGAAAGUUAAUAGAUAAGCACUCAUUGUCUCUAAAACUAAUUUUAUCCUUUUUCAUUCUGUUAUCCCCGUGUUUUAGUGACUAUUUCAAAUUCACAUCAACUGCAUUUCAUUCCUAUUCAACACGUCAAUCAUGUUAUGGAAAUCUUUACGUAACCUCAGUUAACACUAACCGCUUGCAUUCCCUAAAAUUCACUGGUUCUCGACUUUGGAAUUCCUUGCCUCCUAGUGACUACUAAAUAAGAUUCUCUUAGACUGUUUCUUAAAGCUCUGAAGAAUUGUUAAUUGUUAUAUUAAUUAAUUGUCUGCCAUAGCUCUAGAAUAAAUACUUUUUUAUAAAAAUAAUAUUUUCUAAAUUCUGUGUGUAAUUGUAUUCCAUUGGGGUCAUCCACUAGAUUAGCCUUUGCUGUUUGGAUGAUCCCAACUCGCUCUCUACUUGAUGUUACUAUUUUUAUUCCUUAUUUAAAUGGUAUUAAUUGUCCAUGUAAAUUUAACCUGUAUCAUAGUAUGUUGAAUUGAGCAAGUUAAAUAAAAUCAUCUAAAAUCAUCUAUCAUGCUUAAUAACGGAAAGCACCGCUAAUGCGUUCUGACUUUUGAUCGUUGACAAAAUCGGUGUGACAUUUUAAAAAAAACCCUCUGCACGAGUAGUUUUAAAUGGUACCAUUUUUUUCUGUACAGUCGAACCUCCAUGUGCGACCACCUCUCGUAAGCGACCAUCAAUCCAAAACACCAAAACUUUCCCAGUCAAAGCCUUACAGUUGGAACCUCUAGUAAACGACCACCUCCUGUAA